AUGCUGGCCGUCGCCGACCCCGUCCGAUUAGAAGCCAAAAAUAUACUUCAAGCCCUACGGGAUCGAAAGAUUGCGGUAUGGAUGAUCUCCGGCGACAACCCAACGACUGCACACGCAAUAGGCAAGACCGUCGGAAUUCCACCUGAGAACAUCAUCGCUGGCGUCCUACCCGAGCAACAAAAAACCGACAAGAUCCAAUACCUCCAGAAGACCCUCCAUGGAACAGGAACGACCUCCAAACGCGCGCUCAUAGCCAUGGUUGGCGAUGGAAUCAACGACUCCCCGGCGCUGACAGUCGCCGACGUGGGCAUUGCCAUUGGAUCCGGCUCCGACAUUGCUAUCUCCUCUGCCGAAUUUGUCUCGGUUACUUCGUGUCUUGGGUCUUUGCUUACAUUAUCGAUCUCAGUCGGGUUGUGUUCCGACGGAUCAAGUUUAACUUGA